GCUUCCCAUUCCAGGCGCAGGGGCACAACAUGGCGGAUUAGGAGGCAACCGACGCGCCCGGAUACAGCGAACAAAUCGUGGGAUAGUGCUUCCCUGUGCCGCGGAGACGCCAGGAAUACACGUUUUUGCAUAGGAGGAUCUAUGAUAAAACUGCCUUGCACUUUUACGGUUUCUUCAGACAUGCGUUUUGGAUACCAGUAAGCUCUUCGUCCCGCUGCCCUCUCCAAAUUGGCUGUCUGUCCGAGACCAUUCCUAUCACCCAGGCCCCCCACCCCGAACACACUCUCGGUUCCUUGGGUGUGGAGACAGGGGCCGGGGAAGUGGAAAACAAUCGCACUUUUCUGGAGCAUCAAGCUGCAUAGUACGUGACGGGGGUGUCGAGGAGAUCAUUGUGCGAAUGAGUGAGUGAUGCAGGUUUCGUUUCUUCAGGGCAGGAUGGGUGUAGGUCCUCUGCUCCUGCUGAUACAUGUGGCCUGUGUGGCCUUCAGCUCGGCUCAGGAUAACCCUGCCCCUUCAGGUGAAGUCUUAACCAUCAAACCUACACAACCUCCUCCUACAACACCCUCAAAAAUAGUCACUCAGGAGCCCCCAUCAGCAACCCCAGUUGCGACACCGUCCCCUGAACUUAUAGCCACGACAAGCUCCAAUGACUCUGCGGGCGUGGUGACCCCACUGGUUUCCACAGAACCACCAUUUGUUCCCCCUUCAACUCAGUCCGUCCCAAGUGAAGCUCCACCUGCCCCGUUAACCCCGUCUGCUGUGUCACCGUCCAACACCACCACCAGCAUUGGGGAUAAUGAGACGACGGUUUUAACUACAGAAAACCCAUCAACUGAUCUAUCAACCACAGAGGGCGAAACUGCUACUACGAUUGUCUCUACAGAUCCCACCAAAACUGUCAGCAAGCCUCCAGAUGAUGGUGGUGGCCAAGAUGACACAGCAAUCAUGGCGGUGAUGGUUGCCCUGUCUUCUCUUCUGGUGAUUGUCUUCAUCAUCAUAGUGCUGUACAUGUUAAGGUUUAAGAAGUACAAGCAGGCAGGGAGCCACUCCAACUCUUUCCGGCUGACCAAUGGCAGAGCUGACGACACAGAACUUCAGAGCGUGCCACUACUGGCCCGCUCGCCUAGCACCAACAGGAAGUACCCGCCCCUUCCUGUCGACAAGCUAGAGGAGGAAAUGAACCGCCGAAUGGCCGAUGACAAUAAACUCUUCCGGGAGGAAUUCAAUGCGUUGCCUGUAUGUCCUAUUCAGGCUUCAUGUGAUGCUGCCUCAAAAGAGGAAAACAAGGAGAAGAACAGAUACGUCAACAUCCUGCCAUAUGAUCAUUCCAGGUUGCAUUUGACCUCUCUUGAGGGCGUUCCUGACUCCGACUACAUCAACGCUUCAUUUAUAAACGGAUACCAGGAAAAGAACAAAUUCAUUGCCGCACAAGGACCAAAGGAGGAAACGGUGAAUGAUUUCUGGAGGAUGAUCUGGGAACAGAACACUGCCACCAUUGUCAUGGUAACCAAUCUGAAAGAGAGGAAAGAGUGUAAAUGCGCUCAGUAUUGGCCGGAUCAGGGAUGCUGGACGUACGGAAAUAUCCGGGUGUCGGUGGAGGACAUGAUGGUUCUAGUUGACUACACUAUCCGCAAGUUCUGCAUUCAGCAGGUGGGGGACUUAUCUGGUAAAAAGCCCCAGAGGCUUGUCACACAGUUUCACUUUACCAGCUGGCCGGAUUUCGGAGUUCCUUUCACUCCCAUCGGCAUGCUUAAGUUCCUCAAAAAGGUGAAAACCUGCAACCCGCAGUACGCUGGACCCAUAGUGGUACAUUGCAGUGCUGGGGUGGGCAGAACGGGGACCUUCAUCGUAAUAGAUGCUAUGCUGGAUAUGAUGGGAGCGGAGAGGAAGGUAGACGUCUUUGGGUUUGUUACGCGGAUCAGAGCUCAGCGCUGCCAGAUGGUCCAAACUGAUAUGCAGUAUGUGUUCAUAUUCCAAGCUUUGUUAGAGCACUACCUUUAUGGGGACACCGAGUUGGAAGUGACGUCUUUGGAGUCUCACUUGGCCAAACUCUAUGCCCCUUUACCAGGGGGCGGUGGUACAGGACUGGAGGCCGAGUUUAAGAAACUCACCUCCAUAAAAAUCCAGAAUGACAAGAUGAGGACUGGGAAUCUGCCUGCCAACAUGAAGAAGAAUAGAGUUUUGCAAAUCAUUCCAUAUGAGUUUAACAGAGUGAUCAUUCCUGUCAAACGAGGGGAGGAAAACACAGACUAUGUCAACGCCUCUUUUAUAGAUGGCUACAGGCAAAAGGACUCGUAUAUGGCGUGUCAGGGGCCGUUGCAGCACACCAUCGAGGACUUCUGGAGGAUGAUCUGGGAAUGGAGAAGCUGCUCUAUCGUAAUGCUGACGGAGCUGGAGGAGAGAGGACAGGAAAAGUGUGCUCAGUAUUGGCCUAGCGAUGGUGUGAUGGUUUGUGGGGACAUAUCCAUUGAGCUAAAGAGAGAGGAAGAAAGCGAGAGCUACACUGUUAGAGAUCUUCUUGUCACCAAUAACAGAGAAAAUAAGUCCCGCGCGGUGAGGCUGUUUCAUUUUCACGGCUGGCCGGAGGUGGGCAUCCCCUCAGAUGGGAAGGGCAUGAUUAACAUCAUUGCUGCAGUUCAGAAACAGCAGCAGCAGUCUGGAAACCAUCCAAUCACUGUGCAUUGCAGUGCCGGUGCAGGGCGUACAGGGACAUUUUGUGCUCUGAGCACAGUCCUGGAGCGUGUGAAGGCAGAGGGCAUUCUAGAUGUUUUUCAGACGGUGAAGAGUUUGAGACUACAGAGACCGCAUAUGGUGCAGACACUGGAGCAGUACGAGUUCUGCUACAAAGUGGUUCAGGAAUAUAUCGAUGCCUUUUCUGACUACGCCAACUUUAAGUAAAGCCACACCCACCCGAUGAUGACGAUUGGACAGACUUUCUCCAUCUUACGCGGAGACAUGCACUCACGUUCAUACUCUUACAUACACACGAAAAAUAUACGACUGGGGAAACAAACAGACUGCCAAAGCAAAAGGGAAUGAAAAUCAUUUGCCCGACAAGGAAGAAAAUAGACGAUGGUGCCGAAGAUGGAAAACACAAAUACCAUUAGAGUUGCCUUUUUAAAUAUUUUGUAAUAUUGCUCUUGUUAAUAUGGCCCUUACCCAUUUCUCUCAGUGUAAAUACGCUCUUGUAAUUUUUUUGGUUUAAGAAGUAAUUUCGCUGCGAUUUUAGAGUGACCUUUCUAAUAUAGUUUACUGAUAUAAAUAUAUAUAUAAAUACAUAAGUAUUUCAAAAUUGCCAGACAGAUGCAAAAGAUCAGGAAAAAAUAGGUUUUUUAUGAGAAAUUACUUUUUUUCUGUCUUUGCAGUUGAGUGGCUGAAAUGUAUUUGAGUGGCAGCUCGAUAUUUUUUUUGCUGUCACCUGUAGCUGUGUAGUGCGUGACGUAACAUGAACGAACUCAACGCCACAUCAAAGCGCACGCACCGCCAAGCGGUCGCGUUCACAAAAUGCAUUAACAGUCACGUGUGCAAUUGCGUUCCACUUCACUGUGCUUUUCUAUUGCGUUUACCAGAGUGAAUCGAUAACGUUUUAUUGGCUGAUGAUAUCACCCCAUGCUCUCGUCAAGUGACAGGGACCCUUUUUUGUGGGGGGUGGCUUAAACCCUCAAACUCUCAGAUGAUGUUCAGACUGAGAUUUGCGUGUAUUGUCAAGUGUGUGUGUGUUUGUGAUAUCCAUGCUGUUACACUGGCACUGUGUAUGUCUGCCAGACACAGCUAGUAUUCUGUCUGUCUAGAUUACGAGUAUAGAGGAAGAUUAAAAAACACAAUCAGGCUAAACAAAAAAUCCCUGAGUGUUUGGAUUAGAGCUGUUACACGGUCUCAGUCUAAAUACAGUUUAUUCUCAUUGGUAAAGUUUAAUUCUUAUUCUUUUUGCACAUUCCCGUUUAUUGCUCUCAUAGAUGUGGUUUAGUUAAUGAGAGUUUGUUAUUUGAAUAUGUUGUGAAAGGGACCGUACACCCAAAAAUGAAUGUUUUCAGGACGUUUACUUUAGCGAUUUCGAACCCGUAUGACUUUAAUCUGUAGGAACACAAUAGCAGGAUUGUACUGGUGGGUGCUCCUGCAAUACGUUCCUAUGGGGCUGAGGCUUUUAAACAGAAUGUAGAAAUACAAAAAUGCUAUUAAUGAAUACUUUUAGUGUGAGAAUUUAAUUUAGUGUUUAUUAUAUUAAUAUUAUAGCCCUCGAAAAUAUUAAAGGAAAACACCACCAUUCUUCAAUAUUUUACUGUGUUCUUACCUCAACUUAGACGAAUUAAUACAUACUUUUUCAAUGCGCGCACUUAAUCUUUGUACAGCGCCUCGUGAAUGUGUUAGCAUUUAGCCUAGCCCCAUUCAUUCCUUAGGAUCCAAACAGGAAUGAAUUUAUAAGCCACCAAACACUUCCAUGUUAACUCUAUUUAAAGACACUCACAUGAGUAGUUACACGAGUAAGUAUGGUGGCACAAAAUAAAACUUUUGUUUGGAGCCAUAGGAAUGAAUGGGGCUAGGCUAAAUGCUAACACAUUCACGACGCGCUGUACAAAGAUUAAAAGUUCACGCUUUGAAAAAAACAUAAGCGUGUAUUAAUUCAUCUAAGUUGAGGUAAGAACAUAGUAAAUUAUUGAAAAACAUGACGUUUACAUAUUCGACACACAUUUUAGAUAUCAUUUGACUUCUAUGGACCAUUUUUAUGGUGCUUUUAUGGUACAUUUUUGUAUUUUUUUUAAAAACUAGAAAGCUUCCGCCCACAUUCCUUAUACAGAAAAUUCAGUACAAUACUGUAAAAUGUAUUUUCUUGUUUUAUGAAGAAAGUCAAACAGGUUUGAAAUAACACAGAGUAAAUAAGAACAUAAUUUUUUAUUGUUUUUUUUGGCAAACUAAUCUUUUAUACCGUACCCAGUGCUAUUUCUGAAUGGCACCAUCUAUAUUUGAUUUGUAACCAUGGAAGUGAGGUUUUACUUGCCCCGACAUCUCAUUGGCCUUAACUAUUGUACUUGACAAUAAUACUUUUCCUUCCUCUGAGCAGUAUGACCCCCGGUGGUCCCACCGGGGCAGUUUAAAAAUACUUGCAAAGGUACAGUGCGCAGAGUUGAUCCGAAAAGCUCUGGUAGAAAUGAUCAUUAGACCACCCGAUCAUCUGUUCCUGCCCAUGUAAUGCCAUUGUGCAAAAGUCAAUGAGCCUUUCCAGCUCCGCUGAGCCAGUUAAAUCGAUACGUACAAGAUGCUUUGGGUUCCCAAUGGUUGAUAUUUUAAACUCCAAACUUGCAAAGAUCUUGUUUAGCAUUGUUUAUCUUUAAGGGGAAGACGAUUCUUAAGAUGUCAUAUGAAAAAGCUAAAGAUUUAAAGUUGGUUAUUUUGUAUUAAAUGACCACCUGGCUUAGGUUAUUGUAUGUUUUAAGCCCUGAUUCCACACUGCCUUGUGUUAGGAAAUGUAUAUUUUAUGAUAUGUAUGCUUUAGCUUAUAAAUGUACAGUAUGUAGACCCAAUGGGUGCCACUUUAAAUCAAACCAAUACUCUCCUAUCGUCAUUCCAGAUUAAUAUGGAUCUUGAUGGAUUUUUUUUUUAGUGUUUUAUAUUGCAUUAGAUCUCUGAUGUUAUGGAUCAAAUCAAUCUGAAAGGAACCAGUCUCCGUUUAGUCCUGUUAAACCGGCUUUAUUCUAGGAUAUUAUAUUCCACGAUUUCCUGAAAGAUUUGUUUAAAUAUUGGUUCUACUGUUAGUGACUGUGAUUUACUCGGACCCCUUUUACACGAGAAACUGUGCCAAUAACCGGCCUAUCAGGGGCAGGAUCUUUCUCCAGAGGUGCUGUUCAGUUUGCUGGCAAAGUGCCUCCUCGUGUGUGUAGCUUCAAGCAUUUUAUCGCCUGCCCAAUCCUCCAACCUGUGGCCGAUCCACAGCUCUGUCCCAUAUAGCAAAUGAUAAUCUGUAACUAGACUUAAAAGUUAACUAGUCUGUGUUUUUUAAUCUCAUUUUGUUUCUAUGUCUGUGGUGCGAUUAUCCAACAAUUAUUUCUGUUCCUUUUUCUUCUUUGUCUUUGAAUUGCAUUCCAUGUAGUAUUUUAAACCCAUAAUUAUAUUGUAUGGAGGAAGCAACCGUCUCAUGGGCAGUUUCAAAGAUCUGCCUUUAAACUGAAGCUCUUAAUGUAUGGAGAACGAUUAAGUUCUGCUUGAGAAGGGAAGCCACGUGACUGGGGCUCUACGGUCAUAUUAGAUGAUGAGAGAUUAAGAGAUCGAGGUGAAGGACAGAAAGCAUUCCCUUUUCAUAUCUAUACAUCUGUCAUGAAAUGGAUUCUUCACUCUUCUCUAUAUUACAAAAAUCAAGUGGAUCUUUUCAGUAUUCUUCCUCCUAAAACUUUAGCUCUCUUUGAUUUUAUGAUUUCUGUAGAGGAACGUAUUAUUUUAUGUUACAAUCUUAAAACGUUUCAAUUCCCUUUCCCAGUUUUUCGUUUCUCUUCAUGCACCCUUCUGUACAUAAUGUAAGGUUAUUUAUAUUUCAUUCCUAUCUGUUGCCUUGCUUAUUUUAUUCUUUUGUUUUUCCUCUCACGUUUUUUAGAUACAUGUAUAUUAAACUGUACUGGGACCAUUUUGAAAUGUAUUUGAUGUUUUUCUUUUUCAGUUUUGAAUUUGGUAUUAUUAUUAUUGUCUUAAAAUCGUAUUUUUUAAUUUGCAUCUGUUUUUCUAGUGUUUUGUUAUUCAAAUUUGAAUAUAUAUGUGUAUAUAAUUAUAUAUAUGAUGCAAAUUAUAUAUAAUUAUAUAAUGCCAAACGGCCUUUCUAAGCAAGAAUACUGUUCAAACCUAAUAAAAGUGCUUGAGAUUUUA